GCCUUCCCCAGUCCCCGAUAUUGGCAGUGGACUGCAAUUGCCUUAAAAGCCACGCCCGGCAAUAAUGCGCCAGAGCCAUCUCUCCGCCACCCUGUAAAACAUCACAAUCGCCAACCGGCGUCCAUGAUCAAAAUGUCUCUCUCCAAAAACAUCAUCCAUACUUGUCGCACAAACCAGCAAGUUUCUCGAUAUGCUUUAUUCCUCAGACAAUUGCAGCGAUCGCAAAAACGCCAAUUCAGCCGAUCCAGCCCCGUCGCCGCCAGCUCAGUGACAGGCGCAGCUGAAGCCGAAGUCCAAGCAGCCCAGAAAUACUGCUCAGACCUUCUUUUAAAAUAUGACCGCCCCUCAUACACACUCAGCACCUUUAUCCCCCGAAACGCGCAAACCUUCUACAUAGCCCUCCGAGCCCUCAAUGUCUCCCUCUCCACAAUCCCGGACACCACCUCCUCCCACACAAUCGGACUCAUGCGGUUGCAAUUCUGGCGCGACGCCGUCGCCAAAACCCUCUCCGGCUCACCCCCCAAAGAACCCAUCGCGAUUCUGCUCGCCUCCGCCAUUUCCGACCUGAACGAGAGAACCCAAGGCCGAGCCCGGAUCAGCAAAGGCUGGCUCAACCGGAUGAUCAACGCGCGCGAACAAACUCUCACAAACGAUCCCUAUACCAACAUCGCUGCUCUCGAGUCCUACGCCGAAAGCACGUAUUCGACGUUGCUAUACCUGACGUUGUCGGCUUUGCCCAUGACCUCGGUAACGGCAGAUCAUGUCGCAUCGCAUAUUGGGAAAGCGGCUGGAAUCGCGGCCGUGCUUCGCGGUCUACCGCUGGUGGCGUUCCCGGCUGCGUCGAGUCAACGCCCUGACCAGGCUGGUUCUGGUAUGAUGGCUGGGGGAGCGAAGCAGGGGGCUGUGAUGCUGCCUUUGGAUGUGAUGGCUCAGGCUGGGGUGAAGGAGGAGGAUGUGUUUAGGCUAGGUGCGGAGGCGCCGGGGCUGCGGGAUGCUGUUUUCACGGUUGCGACUCGGGCUAGUGACCAUCUGAUCACUGUGCAGCAGAUGCUGAGCAAUCUUCGUGCUGGGCAGGAUGUGGGUCAUGAUUUCGAGCAUGAGGGUGAGGAGGGCCAUCAAUAUGAUACCGAACAGGACCUGUUCAGAGAACAGAAGAAUGAAACUCCGUUGGAUGAGGUGAACCGUGCCUUUGGAGUUUUUAUGCCUGCUGUUGGAACGCGGCUGUGGCUGGACAGGCUUGAAAGUGUGGACUUUGACAUCUUCCGUCCCGAACUCCUCCGGUCGGACUGGAAGUUGCCCUGGAAGGCUUAUAUGUCUUUUACGCGGAAGACGCUCUCAUGAGCGGUGAUCGUUAUGGUCUGUUCAGAUGUGCGAUUAUUGUAUUAUAUAUAGAGGUACAAUGAUGUUCUAAUGUACAGUA